AUGUCGUUCAAUUAUAAUAAAUUUCAAAAUAACCCAGCAAAUAAGAAUGCCAUUGCAGCGGCAGCAGCGGUGGCAAACGCAUUAAAUGAUGAUGGGGUUACCCUAGAUACCAGUAAAUUGGUCUCCUAUAAUAAAACGCCUCGAACAUACUCACUCAAUGACCAUACUUCCAAGAGAAAAUGGGGUCAUCGAAAAAAGAAGCACCAGGAAAAGGAUCUUUUCACUACCAAUUCUGUCCAGGGAAGUACUUCCACUUCGGACAAACAUAAUACAUAUAAAGACUCAACUAGUGGCAUGAGACUGCAAAAGAAGUAUAUCCCGAGCCCUUCAGGUCUAGUGGCUGUCGAUGUUCUAGUACUAGAUAAGCAAACACCUAAUGCCAGCCCAAGGCAAAUACUUACUAGAAGGUCAAAUAUCUUUGACCCAAAUAAUGCCCCAAAUUCAUUGUCAAGAAAGACGAGAGUUACAAGAUCAUAUAUUAAUAUUCCAAGACAAUCAACCAAUACAACUAAUAACAGUGUAACAUUACCCAAUUCUGGUCGUCAUUUCACGAAUUCAACAUUUCGAAGUAGAAAAACUUCCCCUAGUUCUCAAAACUGCUCUUUAGUCUCUUGUCAUUCCAGAAAUAGGAACAGUAUGUCAAGUUUAGUGUCAAGUAAUGCCUCUGGUGACAGCAUAGUGGUCCAAUUAGAGAAAGUAAACGAACAUGUCGAGCCAAGGGGGAAAUAUAACAUGCAUGAACAUAAACAUACACACAGUCACAAAGGUGUCCAUAAGAGAAAAUUAAGUGUACCUGCAACCCAAAUACAGUCUUCAAAUGAAAUUGAUAGUGAUGAGGUGUCAAAACUAAAAAGUGUCUACGAACAAAUGAGUGCAUCAUCAAGCAAAAACAGUAUAAGUUCCAGCAGGAUAAGCCAUAAGUUGACAAACACCAGUGAGGGAUUUACCGCACAUGAGCUUUAUCCUAUAUCGUCAGGAGAGAAUAUUAAUGAUGCAAUCUCUACCAGUUCAAAUUUGAACGGAGAACCAGACGGCUUCGACUACUCUAGGAAUAAAGAGCCAAUCAUGGAUGAAGUAGAUGCAAUUAAUGAAGAAGAAGGUAUGCAUAAUUAUGCUCAAGAUAUCAAUCAUGAAGUGAAUAGCCAAUACCUACUGUUUAAAGCACCAGAGGGGCCAGAUGUUAAAACGGUAUGUUCUAUUCAUGACAUCCAAACUAGCGGUAAUUCGACUUCAAUUCAAAGAAUUGAUUCGGAGAGUGAAGAGAUGAAUAAUAAUGAAAAUAUCGCUUCUUUCCAAAAUAAGGAAACGGCUAAUUCAGAUCUGCAGAAUCUAAAUAGAGUAAACAUCGACGCUACGUAUGCGAAAACUGUCAGUCCAAAUAUUGUUGUGGAAGAGUGUGCAAACUCUGAUAGUGGAAAUACACAUGGGCUGGGAAGUGAAGUUAGAAAUUUAAUCAAUCUACGACGGGAAUGCUCAAAUGACAGUCGUCAAGAUAGCCGAAAUAACUCGAAUAAUUCUGCAUAUUCUACAUUUAGUAAAGUACCAAAUCUACAAAUCAGCAACAGAACAGCCACACUUACCCAAAAAUCUGAUCCAAGAGAGACGCAUAUGAAUAAUAAUAAUACGACUCUUGCUCGAUAUCUCAAGACAGACAGACCGUAUUUAUCUAUCGAAAGAGCUUCCGAACCAGUACUGCACGAGCGUAGCUUAUCAUCGGCAAGCACGAAGAUCUCACCAAUCAGGCCAACACAAAUGAGUUCUUCCGACAUCUCAUUUAGAAAAGUGAACUCCGCUAGAUUUAAUGAAAGUGAUGCAUCAUCAAUUUAUUCAGAUAUCCCACUAUCAAAGGCUCAACCAAAUGUUCUUGGAAGUAACAGCAAUAGUAGGAAGACGUCUAGCUCGUAUAUUUAUAACAGUGAUAACAGGUUUAUCAAAAUGGGAAGUACUAACAACAGUACUGAUAGUAGAAACGGAAACAGGUUUUCCCUUUUCUUGAGUCAUCAUGGCGAUACUGAAAAUACCAGCCCAUCUUUGAAUGAUAGUAUUGAAAAACUUUCAGUUCGACCAGUCAACGCUUUAAGCGAUGAUGAUGAUGACGUUUAUCGAUUUGAUAUUGAACAGAAACAAAAGAGUCUAAAGUUUGGAAAACGACUCAAGAAAUUCUUCAAACUUAAGAAGAAGGCUCGGUGA